AUGGCCGCCCGCCGCGGCUGCGUGAACUCGCUCUGGUCGGGCACCGAGCGCGUCCGCAUCGGCGAGCGCCUCAAAGCGACGCUGGCCGGGGUGCUGGAGCUGGAGCUGCUCAGGUGCAGACACCUGGAGAUGGUGGACGCCGCGCUGGAGGACCGAGCCCCUGCUGCUGCCGCCGCCGCCGAGGAACCACGGGCGGCGGAGGCGAGCGGAACCGCGGAGAGCGCCGCCUCGGAUGCCGAGCAUGGCUCUGCGACAUCCCGCAGGCAACAGGCUGCCUCUCCUUCAGAUAUAAUGGCAUUGCCCUGUCAGAGCAGCCCAGAAGACUGUGGCAGUAAUUCAGGGGAUGGGACAGUGAACUCAUCUGCAAGGGGAAGUAAUUCACGCUGGUCCACUCUGUCCUGGGACGCUCCCUCUGACCUGCUCUCUCCCCCAAUGCCUGACCCCAGUGGUAUGGUCCACCUGGAGAGUGACUCCAGACCCAGUUCAGGUUUCUACUCAGUGAGCGGGAGCUCUCUGUCAGACUCGUGCUACUCUGUGUCCAGUGAUGCUGCUCAAGGAGGACCAGCGCCAUUGGCCAGACCUCUGAAGCUGUGGGAGCAGGUUCCACUGUCUACUGACAACACUGACAUCCUGUGGUCAGAAGCCGCAGUUCAGCAGCAGCAGCAGCAGCAGCAGCAGCAGCAGCAGCAGCAGCAGGAACAACCUGUACCACGGAACAGCCAGGAAGAUGCCGAACCAACAGAAGGCACUCCAGUUUCAGUACCAAUUGACCUUGAAGUGACAGGUCUGAACUUUGUGUCUGACCUCUGCUCAGGACUCGGUGACUCUCUGAUUGUUUCCCUCCUCCCACUGCUUGACCCCACCUCUUCUUCCUCAACCUCCUCCCUCCAUCCGAAACCCCACCUGGACACUCGCUACUGUACUGACCUUGUGUCCCGUCGGACCAAAGAGGUUUACUCGUACCCCAGCCCACUGCAUGCUGUCGCCCUCCAGAGCCCCCUCUUCACCUCCCAGAGCCAGGAGCAAUCAGCCUCUCUGAGUCCUGAAGGACCCAAACAUGAUGAACCACUUGAGUCCAACACUGACCCAGCUCUGCCUCUCCAGCCUCAGCAGCUCCACACCCUGGCCUCCUUCACCCAGCUGGAGCAGUACAUCUCUCGCCUGGCUCGUCAGUACCACAGUCGGGUAACCACCUCCACCUCUGAUCUCACUUCAGCUGCCACCCCUGGUUCAGUUGCGCUCAGAGGUCUUUGCACUCCCGGCAAAAGUCAUGGAUCCACCCAGUCUCUUUCUGCCUUUGAAAGCCGCAGUACACAUUCCAAUAUGCCAGGUGGCAGCAUCACUCCCUGUAAGUCAUUGCUGGGAAACUCAGCCAGAGUCAGCCUCAGCACUACUGGGAAAAAGGCCACUAGGAACUCAAUCAACCUGGGCAACCUUCCUUCAGCAACUGGAGAGGACUUGAACAUAAAUCUGCAUCUCAACCUUAACUUGAAUCUGGCCCCUGGUUUAAAUUCUAGCCGGGGACUUGUGGACAAUCCCAAAAAUGGCAGUUGUGGAGCUGUGAGGAGUGACUUUACUACAGCUCCCACUGCAUCCACUUCAACACUCUCCGCUGCUACACCCACCCCAGCACUUAGAGCGCGCCCUCGCAUUUCAACUUGUCCAAGCAGCCUGAGCCACCGCAGUUCCCUGGAGGUCACUUCAGGGUCUGGACCCUGUUCCGGAUUUGGGUCAUCAGCUUUCUGUCGCUCAUUAGACUGGGGCAGCAGUGCUCCACCUGAGGCUGGACCAUCGGUGUUUGGUACAAAUGCUGGAUCAGCUCCUGAGUCUCAGCGUAGUAGCUUGAUCCAAGAGUCCAGCUCCAGUCCCAAAUUAAGUGAAGACUCCCCCAUGGUGGGAGAGAUUUCCCGCCUGUCUGGCCUGUCCAGGGCUGUUGUGGUUGAGCUGAUGGAACAAGGUGUGGAGCUGGAUAUUGACUGCUUCCAAACAGAUACUGCAGGUGAGGUGAGGGGUCACAGUAAAACUCACCUGACAGCUCAGACAGAUCAGUCACAUGACUAUACCAGACUGACCGACCUGAAUCCCCAGAGACCAAUACAGCUCUCCCUCAGUGUCACCCAUUCUCCUCAGUCUCAGUCCAGUCUCACCCCUCCUCUCUCACACUCAAGCAGCCCCAUACACCCUUACCAGUCCAUCCAUAUUCCCUCUCCCCACUACUCCUCACACUGCCACUUCCAGCAAAUCCCUUCUCCAUCUGACCUCCCCUCUUCUACGGCCUCCUCCCCUGCUUCGCGCCCUAAUCCCAGGGUUCGCUCCCCUCCCCGGCCUCUCCAGCCCUCCCCCUUGGGUGCCACCCCUCUCUCAGUUUUCCGUCGGGAUGCGCCAUUCCAGUGCUCCCUGCCCCACACCAAUACCAGGACCUCUCCUUUGGAGCACGGUGGCAUCCAACCAAGAGGUGGAUCACUUCGGCAGAGUGGGGGAGAGUGGAGGUACUGGCGGGUGGCAGAGGGUGGAGGGGGAGGACUUUAUAGAGGAAAACAUACCUCCCAUAAGUUGAUCAGGGCAGCCACAGUAAGCAGCUAUGCCAAGAGAGAGGACUACAGCUCUGUUUGGGAUGAGGAGGAGCAAAAGGCUCAGACACCAAGAAAGACCUCAAACAAACUCUGGAGGGGCUUUGAGGGACGCCUCUGGGGCAAAGAGUCAGAGAGCGAAAGGGAAGAGAUGGACAGGGCUGAGUACGGCUAUGGAUGGAGGAGGAACAGCAUUGGAAGCUGGAGGAGGGAGCACCGCAGGGUAAAGGCUUCAUCCAGCAGUAAUGACAAGAGGCCAAAAGUAGACAACUCCCCCAUUUACUCAAAGAAGAGAGGGAAAGAAGAUGGGGAGAGACGCAGCUCCAGCCUCAGGCUUUCCAGAAGGGCUUUGUUUAGGAGCGAAUCCCAGGGUUUGCUGGUGCCUCGUAACAACAGUGAGGAGCCCACAAAGCGGGCACACUGGGUCUCCUCAUUAGAUGUGGGGCAAGGGGUCAUGGGCAUCAGCAAAGAAGAAGGGGUUAGGCUGCUGAGAGCAAAGGAAGAGGACAAACGCUUGUCCUCCACCGCCAGCCUCUUUAACCUUUCUCGCUCUCAGAGCCUGGAGGGCAGCUGCCACUCCAUUUCCCCUCUCUCAUCCCCUUCUUUUUCUCCAUCCCCUCCUCCACGGAUGCCCCUCCAGCGCUCUCGAUCACUGAGGGACUUGGGGAGGAGAGUGUUUGGUUCCAUGAGGUCUCUGAGUCUCAAACGGAAGCCAUCCAAGAAGUGACAUUUGUACAAUAAAUUAUCAUGAAAGUAGACUAUUCUUCCACGAUACAUUCAAUACACCUCUGAUGGUGAUGGUAUUAUAUUUCAAGAAAAAGGAAGUGCCAUCAGUUUUAAUUUUCAAAACUUCAAAAGAUUUGUUAUCGAUUAGACAGAUACACUGGUUCUACAAUACUGGCCAUAAAAUAUCUGCCAGUCCUUUCAUCCACCACUAACAUGAUGGAAGCUCCUCUCAGGCACAUAAAAGACUGUAAAACCUGCUAUUAAUUUUAGUCAUGGUUCAUGAAAUUCAUUCCAGUGAAGUUUUUGUAAAUUUUUAUUGACAUAGCCACUUUUUAUAGCCUCCCAAAAAACUACAAAAUGUCUGUCAAAUUUCUCCAAACAGGAUCUACGGCAUAAUCAAGGUGCUCUGUAGCCAAAUGAUUGCACUGUCUCUCCUAAAGUCUUCCUCACUGGCAAUGUGUUAUUGUAAAUUGUGCAAGCAAGAGUUCUGUAGGAUCCAGCAUGGCCCAUAGAGAAAUGUCAGUGAAGAAAACAUAGGUGACGACUUCAUGUAGGGAUGAAGAAUUCCUUUUAGAUGCUGCAAAGAACUACAAAGCUUUUAAAAACUUAAUUAGUGUAGGUUUCAGUGGAGUUUCUCAUAGUGUUUAAAAAGGAUGUUGUUUAAAAGGAUUUGACAUCUCAACAGGAAAAAUAUUCUGGGACCCUUUUGUGGCUUAAAAGUAGCCUAAUUUAAAAUUAUACAAACUCAUAAUAUUGGCUAUAAGCAGCUUCAUUACAUAUUGGUUAAAUUACCCUGUAACCAUGAAUAUGAAUAUGAAUGUGUAUGUGUACACUCCCUCCUGCAUGCUGCUCUGUGAUUUGUUCAGUACUUGUAGCUAUUGUGAGAAUGUAAUAUUCCUCUUUGUUUAUGGGCAAUAUUGCCCCUGAAGUACAAUCAUAUUGGCCAGACAAUGACCAAAACCAAGCAAAUACUCUUUAACUUGAUAUUGUGCUCAGGAUUUUCAAAUAAACACUGAAUGAUUAAAAUAUUGAUGAGUCGUUUGAAACAAAAUGUGGCUUCUCAUGGCUUACGAGUAAUAAAAGAAGCUGAUAA